AUGGCCGUCGCGAGGCUGGUGGCCGCCCCAUUCCCUCUCGCUCCGUGCCGCGUCCGGAGGCUCCGCCCGGCCUUGCCUCCCGCGCAUGCGGGCCCCCGGCCGCGGCCGCUGGUCCUGGUGCUCGCGCCUCCCGCUGCGGCGGCGGCCCGGGGCGCCGUCGUGCCUUCGCGCGCGGCGCCGGAGGACGAGGCCGUGGUCGCCGGCGAGGCCGCGGACGAUGGCGACGAUAGAGGGGGCGCGGAGGCGGAGGCGGAGGCGGAGGCCGCGCGGGUGGCGGUGGCGGCGCGCGCGGCGCGGAAGCAGUCGGAGCGGCGGACGUACCUGGUGGCGGCGGUCAUGUCCAGCCUCGGGAUCACGUCCAUGGCCGCCGCCGCCGUCUACUACCGCUUCGCCUGGCAAAUGGAGGGGGGCGGCGAGAUCCCGGUGACGGAGAUGGUCGGCACCUUCGCGCUCUCGGUGGGCGCCGCGGUGGGGAUGGAGUUCUGGGCGCGGUGGGCGCACCGGGCGCUGUGGCACGCGUCGCUGUGGCACAUGCACGAGUCCCACCACCGGCCCCGCGACGGGCCUUUCGAGCUCAACGACGUCUUCGCCAUCGUCAACGCCGUCCCGGCCAUGUCCCUCCUCGCCUACGGCUUCUUCAACCGGGGCCUCGUCCCGGGCCUCUGCUUCGGCGCGGGGCUGGGCAUCACGCUGUUCGGGAUGGCCUACAUGUUCGUGCACGACGGCCUCGUCCACCGCCGCUUCCCCGUCGGGCCCAUCGAGAAUGUGCCCUACUUCCGGCGUGUCGCCGCCGCCCAUCAGAUACAUCACAUGGACAAGUUCCAGGGCGUGCCCUACGGCCUGUUCCUGGGGCCCAAGGAGCUGAAGGAGGUGGGAGGGACUGAGGAGCUGGAGAAGGAGAUCAAGAAGAGGAUCAGGAGGAGGGAGGUCCUAGACGCCAUCUAA